AUGGCGCAAGGGCCCGAGGGUUGGGCCGACGUCAGCUUCCAUGGCUCCCCUCAAAUCCCUACACCAAACUUGGACGCCCUGGCCAGCACGGGAGUGGUUUUAAACAACUACUACGUCAUGCCCCUGUGCUCACCUUCCAGGGGAGCACUCAUGAGCGGCCGCUAUUGCAUACACAUCGGUUUCCAGCAUUGCGUUCUACUACCGGCACAACCAGGGGGCUUGCCGCUCGAACUGACGAUUAUGCCCCAGCAUUUCAGGGACUUGGGCUAUGAGACGCACAUGAUCGGAAAGUGGCAUCUCGGCUACUCCACCGAGCAGUACAUGCCCACGAACCGAGGCUUCAACAGCUUCCUCGGCUUGCACACAGGCCCCGAGGACUACUACAGCCACAUUCUUAGAUGGGGUGACAACGAGGGACUUGACUUCUGGAGUGGCACCGAGCCUCUGACUACAAAAAACGGCACAUACUCGACGACGCUGUUCACAGAUCGAGCAAAGUCCAUUAUCAGGAACAGGGACAACUCGAAGCCUCUGUUCCUUUACCUGGCUCAUCAGGCCACGCAUGCGGGCAUCGAACCGUACCUGCUUGAAGCCCCUACAGAGAACGUGGCCAAAUUUCCCUACAUUAAUGACAUGGAGCGGACACAUUACGCAGGAGCGCUCGACGCCGUGGACCAGUCCGUCGCCGAGGUACUACAAGAGCUGGAAGCGGCAUCGAUGCUCGAGAACACCGUCAUAGUGUUCAGCAGCGACAACGGCGGGGCCCCGCAGAAUAAUUCUCUCUCCAACUGUGCGAACAACUCGCCGUUGCGUGGAAGCAAGGGCUCCCUCUGGGAGGGCGGCGUCCGCGUAGCCGCUUUCCUCUGGAGUGCCGACCUUCUCCCACACCGACGGGUGUCUCAUCAGUUGAUGCAUAUUACCGACUGGCUUCCCACGCUCUACUCCGCAGCCGGAGGCGACGUGACGAGUCUUGGUGAACUCGAUGGCUUCGACAUGUGGAGCGCGCUCAACGUCGGCAAGCCGUCGCCACGCACCGAGAUUCUCCUCAACAUUGACCAGCAGGGGGGCAGGCUGCACUGCGCACCCAAGAUUUCAACCGCUGCUGUACUCACGCGGCUCUACGAACAAGAAGACGUCUUCAAAAACGUUGGACGCUGGAGGGAAGAAGCGACUCUUACAUGCGAUGACGACGUCAACAAGAACUUUGAAUCGGGUGAAACCUACUACCUCUUCGACGUCGCUCGGGAUCCUUGCGAGCAGCGUAACCUGGCCAAGGACCAGCCGGAACUCCUGUUCGCGCUACUGGACAAGCUAUCUGUCUACAACAAGACCGUAGUUCCUCCUGUGAACGACACAAUAGAUCCAAGAGGAUAUCCACAAUACAACGAUGGUAUUUGGAAACCUUGGCUAUAG